AUGUGGCGCUGGGCCCUCCUCUUCGGCGCGCUGGUGCUGCACGCUGAAAGCGCCAGGCCAAAGUGCCUCAGCAAGUUGAAGUUUAAUUUGAUGAAGGAUUGCAAGUGGACUCCGAAUGCCACAGGGGCACCCCAGAGGCCCCCGCUGCAAAAGGGCUAUGUGCCUGGAUGUUUCCAAGAGUGUUACGAAGACUUUGAGUUCUUCGAGAAUGUCCAGGACGUGAUUCGAGCAGGUCCACCCAGCGACUCCACCAAGAUGUCCUGCGACACCAGUGAAAGGACUGGAUAUCUUUGCAAAGCCUUUGUGAUCGACUGCGUGAGAGGCGACAAAUCCUUAGGCGAUGGUGACUUCCCCAACUCCUGCAGCUCCGACUCCUUUGGCAAGUCGGACGUGGUGGGCGCCGGCCAUGCGCCCGGAGGAGAAACCUGGGUGGCGCUGUAUGCCUACAGCAACUACGUGGGCACCUCUGCCAAGGGCCCCAACUCGAGCCAACGGAUCCUGGCCGCGCGCGUGAUGUUUCGAGGGAUCGAAGGGGACGAUGCGGGGGUCUCCUACGACGGCAUGUGCGAGGGGACCUUCGAGGUUCAACCAGGCUCCCCCUGCUUCGGCGUGGACGCCGGCGACGGCGCCUUGCACGUGAACGAGCUGCCCGUGGCGCCGCUGCCGCCGCCGCGCGUCGACGGCACGCCGUGGCCGCUGCCGGAGCACGUCCCGACGCCCACGCCGGCGCCGGAGACCACGGCGCCGGAGACGACGGCGAGUCCGGAGACGAAGACGACAGCGCCCACGGAGAAGCCCACGGAGAAGCCGGAUGGCAAGAACGACACCAAACCCGACAACUCCUCUUCCUCCGUGGUCACCGUCUUCCUGUGGAUCGCCGCCCUCUCCGUCCUCGCGGCCAUGGCCUUCGCGGCCUUCUACGUGCACCGGAGCCGCCGCGUCGCCGAAGAGCGGCGCCUGCGGGAGACCGCGGAGUCCUAG